GAACGGGAGAGGCGCGGCUUGGAGAGUGCCUCGAGCGUUGACGCAUGCGCGCUGGGCGGAAACGGAGGCGAGACCUUCAGCUUGGCCAAGGGAGACGGACGGAGGCGGAGCGGAGGGAGCCCUUGAGGUGUACAUAAAAGCUAGAGGAGAAUCCUUCUGUAGAUUCACAUUGAGAAGUAAAUGAUUUAGGAGCUAUAUUGUGAAAUAAGAAGCCUGCAACCAUGUUCAGCUGUACUCCUAGUGCUCCUAGACCACGAGACCCCAUGGCGAUCCCACCAUCUUACUGUGACCUGGGGAAAUCUGCCAGGGAUAUAUUCAACAAAGGAUAUGGGUUUGGAAUGGUCAAGUUAGAGUUGAAGACGAAGUCUUCUAGUGGAGUGGAAUUUACCACAAGUGGCUCAUCAAAUACAGACACAGGGAAAGCUUCAGGCAGCUUAGAGACCAAAUAUAAAUUCAAGGACUAUGGACUUACAUUUGCCCAAAAAUGGAACACUGACAACACCUUGGGGACGGAGGUGACCAUGGAGGAUAAGUUGGCUGAAGGUCUGAAGAUGAGCCUUGAAACCAUGUUUGUACCAAACACAGGGAAGAAGAGUGGAAAGUUGAAGACAUCCUACAAACGGGAGUACAUAAAUCUCGGCUGCAAUGUUGACAUUGACCUUGCUGGACCCACUGUCUAUGGCUGGGCCGUGUUGGGCUACGAGGGUUGGCUCGCUGGCUACCAGAUGGCUUUUGACACAGCCAAGUCCAGGCUGUCACAGAAUAACUUUGCACUGGGAUACAAGGCAGCGGAUUUCCAGCUGCACACGAACGUGAAUGAUGGAACUGAAUUUGGUGGCUCAAUCUAUCAAAAAGUGAGUGACAAAGUUGAAACCGCUGUAAAUCUUGCCUGGACCGCUGGCAGUAAUAACACUCGGUUUGGCAUUGCCACCAAGUACCAGCUGGAUGAUAACGCUUCUGUCUCGGCCAAAGUUAACAACGCCAGCCUCAUUGGACUUGGCUACACUCAGACCCUACGGCCCGGUGUGAAGCUGAGCCUUUCAACUCUGAUCGAUGGCAAGAAUUUCAGCACCGGCAGCCAUAAACUUGGGCUGGGAUUUGAGCUGGAAGCUUAAUGUAAGUGUUGGGUGAAGCAUUAGAUCUUUAUCUGGAAGAUGAAGGAGUAAAACGAACCCCUCCCACAUGUUCUGGCCUUAAAACUCUUCUGUGAAACAUCAAAAAGCGUGAACUUGAUAUUCUUCCAAAGAAUUGUUGUAAUCCCAACCAACCGAAGUCUGGAGAGAGUGCAAAAACCCCACCGCGAAGGGCAAUACUUGAAGGUUGUGCUACAUUUCAGUUCAGUUCCUCAGUUAAUUUAAAUUGUGUUCCUCAGGAGACAGCAUAGCAUCGGGUGAAAGGCAAGACCCCUCCCUCCUGUACCCACCCCAAAUCCAUCUGUUACUGUGUCACAUCCUGCAUGUCCUACACCUCAUGACCUUUUGUUAAAACUGGUCUCUGUGCUGUAGUGAAAAGGCUUUGGUUUUACAUCAAAGUGGAAAUAAAUCAAAUCACAUUUGGAACCAA